AUGGUUUAUCUUCUUAUUAAGACAGGCCAAAUGAAUCCAAAAGCAAAUCCUGAAGACUUGUACAAGCCCCUCUCAAGAACUCAGUUUACCAAGCACUUCAUUCAAAAAGGAAUGGAGAGAUACGAUGAGUUCUUGGAGAUGUACAAAGAAACUCAGUACGUAGCACUUGCAGUUGAUGCGGGAAAGGAAGGAUCGCAUAAUUAUUUUGAUAUGAUUAUUGCUAAUCCAUUUAGCGAAUUACCUCCUCUAGUCUAUAAUAGUGUUAAAGAUUUCAAAGGCGAUAUGAUUUCAUAUGAAGAAGAGCUAAGAUCAGUUCUAAACCAGCUAAUUUCUGAAGGAUUUAUCGUUACAGGAAUAGUAAGCGAUAACCUUCGAGUUCAGGUUAGUGCAAUUGAGAAGGUCCUGAAAGAUUUUGGGUGUAUUGUCCAUAUCCCCUGCGGAUGCCAUACUUUAGAACUUGCUUUAAAGGAUGCGGAAGAAACAGAAAUCAUUAAUGAAGGCAAGUAUGACUUAGAGUGGUUUUCUAGGAUGUUCAACCGUAAACAUGCUCAUGCAGCCCUUGAAGUUGCACCACCAAAACGCUGCGCCACAAGAUGGAGCAAUUUAUUUGCUAUAGCAGAAUGGAUUGUUCGUAGAAGAUUGCGUUUGAUCCAAUUUUGUGCAAGCGGUGAAGCAAUUCAGAUCAAAGAUUUCCAAGAUGAAUGUCUUGACGAAUGGAAUGAGAUGGCUGAUAUCAUUACAACUUCAGCUCCAAUCAUGUUCACAAUUUUACUUCCAUUUGCACACAUGAUUAAGGUUCUUGAAGGAGAUGGUGUUGGCGCAUUCAAAAUUUACGGUUAUAUGAUGAGUACUAUUGCAAAUUUGAAGGAUAUUGUAACAAAAGUUCCACAAUUACAAGAAACAAUUCUGAGAUUGAUAGAUUUGGUACUUGAAAGAUUAAAUGAUACUGAAUCUGGUUUAACCUUCAGAGUCAUGCAUGAUAUUAGUGCUAGAGGACGUGAAGUGAACAUUCAAAUAAAACAAUGUGGAAAUGAUAAAAAUGCAAUUGAUGAAAUUUGGAAACGCUAUUAUCCAAUUAAUAUUAGCGAAGAAGAAUUAUCAUUAAUUGAUGAUUGCAAAGUUUUACUUGAAAAUUCUGAAGAAAUUAGAGAAAAUAUUGUUGAAGGAUUUGAAAUUGGUAAUCAUAAAAUGGAAGAAAUUGAAGAAGAAACACAACAAAUUCAUCCUCAACGUCAUCAAGCUGAGCAUUUUGAAAAUCCUGUAAAUGUAAAUUAUAAUGGUCAGGUAAAUGUAGUUAGUAUCAUGAAAAUGGGUACCAAGGGUCUACGCCCCUCAGUCCCCCUUUUCAUGUUUUGA